AUGUGGAAGGGAAAGGAUCUUGUCUUCCCUGUCAACCUCAAUAAGACCCGAUCGUCGUUGAUCCCGGUUCUGAUUAUCCACGAAGACGCCACUGUGGAUGCUGACACUCUGAGCGCCAUCAGGAAUGAGCUGAUUCGAACCGAAUGGUGGGCACAUUCGAUCGCCACUGUUAUGGCCGGCGCAGGACUAGCUCUGGCUGUCAUUGCUGCACUUUACGCUCUCUACAAGUAUUUGUCGUCGCGUGGAGGAAAAACCGACUCAGUCUCGCCAUUACCUGCCUAUGAACCACGAGAACUGUCGAACGGUAAAGGAUCCAUCAUGUAG